UCAUCGAUUAAUGAUCAAUUUCCGAACCCUUUGUUGGAAAUAAUGGAAAGAAAAAAAAGAAAAAAAAAUUAUAUAUCCAUAGAUGGAUAAAUCACAGAAAGUAGAACCUCCAUAGCUCUGACCAACACCGGGCGGGAUUUCAUUGCACGUGAUGUUGUUUCUUUUGGGGUUUCGUAAAAGUGGGUUUUGAUGGCCUUUGGUGAAAGAUCUGAACGUUGUUGUGUACGUUUAUUGUAGUUGUAGUUGUAGGGCUGUCGUGGGUCAAUCCCAAUUCGCAAGUGUGCGUGUAUCCGUGCGAUGGGUCUCCUUAUGCAAUGUGUUAGCGGGGGAACAUUCGAAUAAUCCACUAGGGAAUAUGCUUUCCACGCCAGCCUUUUUUUCGACGUUCUCUUCUCCCUUGUCAGUUAAUUGCGUAUGGCCGCUCUUCGCAUGUGGGUAUGUCUUUAAACUUUUGAAUUGAUUCAUGGGUUUCCAGCUUUCUUGAGCUGGGCUUCUUUCCCUGCGAAAUUUUUUGCCUAUUGUUUGUUUCUGUUGGGUUUUUCUCGACAUCGAUUCUUGAUAAGUGCUGCGUGGGAUAUGCACAUGUCUACGAAUCUCUUUUCUUCAGGCGAGAGGAAAUUUCUUUCUAUAGUGUUGAUCGAAUUUUGUUUUUAGUCUUGACUGCUAUUCUGUUUCUUGAUCUUGUGGUAUCUUUGAAUUAUUUUUAUAUUCUCGACGAAAGAGCCAUGCGGAAGGAUCAAAUGGGGAGUCUUGAUUCGAAGUAUUGGAGUGAGUUGGGUGGAGUAUGGAUUGGGUUUUCUAUCCCGACUAUUUCAAGAUUGUGUUAGCUGGGAGGUUGUGAAGUGUUUUGUGUAAUUUUUUCAAGAUGCAAGCCGUGGGGAAGAUAGGUAGCUAUAUUGGUAAGAGUGUGUAUACUGUGUCAGGGCCUUUUCAUCCAUUUGGUGGUGCUGUAGAUAUAAUUGUGGUGGAGCAACCCGACGGAACCUACAAGUCUUCACCUUGGUAUGUUCGGUUUGGAAAGUUUCAGGGGGUAUUGAAGACGAAAGAGAAGGUGGUUAGAAUUUAUGUCAAUGGUGUUGAAGCAGACUUUCAGAUGUAUCUGGAUCAUAAAGGGGAAGCUUUCUUUCUGAAGGAGGUUGAUGUCGAAGAAGGAGACUUGGCAUGUUCUCCUCAGUCCUCGUCAGAUGAUUCUUCAACUGGAAAAGGGCGAAACGGGAAUGCAGGGGUUCUGACCAGGACUGAUUCUCGUCGUGCUAGGCUUUUAGGCCUUGUUUUUGGGAGGACAUCUAGAAAAGAAGCGAUAGUUGAGGAGGAAGAUGAUAAUGUUUUUGUUAGGACCGAAUCUUUGGAGCGUGCUGAGAUUGCAGCUGAUCUAUUGGAGUUGAAGUGGUCCACUAAUCUUGCUUCCUCCAGGCUAAGGAAGAAUAAUGCCUCAUCAGUUUCUAAUGUAGAUGUAUCAAAAGAUGAAGCCAAGGAAAUUUCUCCUGCUGACAGUUGUGGUUGUGAUGGAGCAGGUCUUAUUCCUGAUGGUAACAAUCAUGAGCUGGAGAGGACAGUUGAAGAAAAUGGAAUUGAAGUGAAAUGCUCGAAUUCAGAUUGCUUGGCUGAAGCCGUCCCUUUAUUCGUAAGUAAUGAGGAAGGUACUGAUUUUUCACAGUCUGCAACGUUGUUGACAGAUAAAUUGGGUUUAGCUGCAUCAGAUUUUCAUAUGAGUUCUGUAGGUAUUGUCUCUGAUGUUUCAAAAUGUGAUUUGCAACUCCAAGAGUCUGUUGAAAACCUCGAUAGUUUGUCAAACACCAGUUUCCUCAAAGAAGAGAAUGGAGGAGAUGCUGAUCAAACAUUUUACUAUUCUAAAGUUUCAGAGAGCACAGAGGCUGGAUUGGUGCAAUGCAUUGAACAGAGAAGUGAUUCAUUUCAUCGUCGAGCAUGUGAGGAAGCUUGUGUCUGCACAGAACUGGUUCAAGAUAUAUCUGAAAAUUCCAAAACAGGAAGAGCUGUGGAACAUACACAGGAGGAAUUGAACAUCCAACAGUGUUUAAGGUAUGGAGAUCAAUUAAGUUUCCUUCAUGAGAAGGAAAUGGUGUCUGUCACAGGAGGCAUGAUGUACGGCCCUUCAGAAAGAAAUGUCAGUGAAUGCUUUUCUCAAUCAGUUUCAGUUUAUCAAUCACAGGAUUCCCUUGAGGCUGUUGAUUCACAGAGCGUUGCAGUAACCUCUGCUUCAGGUGUUUCAACGUGCUCGUCUGUAGAACAUCAAAAUAUUUCUGGUAACCUGGGUGCUUUUGACCCCAAUGAUGAUAAACACCAAAUGUUCAUUCGUGCACAUCACGAGCAAAUGGAAAUCAAUCCUUCAGUUUCAUCUGUAGUUAUUGAUGAAACUAAUCAGUGUAUUGAAGCAAGGUGUUGCUCUGUUUCCCCAUUAGAUCAGUCUGUUAUAGAUGACUAUAUGAAUUGUGAUGAUUCACCAAGAAGGUGUAAAUCCAUUCCCAGUGAUGUUAGUGUAAACAAAACUGGUCAUGUUCGGUCCAAGGAAUUCAUCAGAAUGGUGAGAUCUUUGCCCAAUAUGGGGCCGAUCAGUAAAGAUCUUGAAGCAAGUGGUCUUAGUCAUUCUUCCGACACUUUAUCUGGUGCUCAAACGACAGUGGAAGCUGUUGAAAUUCUAAAUAGGAGCAGGAAGGGACCUGUUAACCCAUUACUUGGUAAGUCGGCCAGUUCUAAUGCUACUUUUGGAGGGAGUAGAAGAGGUUGGCCAUUCUCUUUUAAAAGAUCAAGGACCGCGAGAGUUUCUCAUAUUGGCGUGAAGGGGGCGGGUAAUCCUAGUAAACUGAUAGUUCCAGAUGGCUCUGUUAGCUUGGAUGAAGGGAAUAUUGAAAAACUUAAACUGAAGAAGAAAAUAUUGAAGACACUCACCCCGACAUCUGAACAGCUGGCGUCAUUAAAUUUAAAAGAAGGGAAGAAUACAGUGGUAUUCACCUUCUCGACUUCAAUGCUCGGCAACCAACAGGUUGAUGCGCGGAUUUUUCUUUGGAGAUGGGACACUCGGAUUGUGAUCUCUGAUGUUGAUGGAACCAUUACUCGAUCUGAUCUUCUUGGUCAGGUGAUGCCUUUGGUUGGUAUGGAUUGGUCGCAGACAGGUGUUGCACGGCUUUUCUCUGCAAUAAAGGAGAAUGGAUAUCAAUUACUAUUCCUAAGUGCCCGGUCGAUUUCUCAGUCCUUUCAUACCCGACAAUUCUUGUGCAACAUUAGGCAGGAUGGGAAAGGCUUACCAGAGGGACCUGUCGUCAUAUCCCCCGAUGGACUCUUUCCUUCUCUAUAUCGUGAAGUUGUUAGAAGAACACCUCAUGAAUUCAAGAUUGCUUGUUUGGAGGACAUAAAGGCCCUUUUUCCUGCUGAUAGAAAUCCUUUCUAUGCUGGUUUUGGGAAUAGGGACACCGAUGAGUUUAGCUAUCUAAAAGUCGGGAUCCCGAGGGGAAAAAUAUUUACCAUAAACCCGAAGGGUGAGAUUGUUGUGAAUCGCCACGUUCAUACCAAAUCGUACUUGUCUCUUCAUUCCCUUGUCCAUGGCAUGUUUCCGACAAUGUCUUCUUCUGAACAGGAAGAUUAUAACUCAUGGAAUUACUGGAAACUUCCACCCCCGACUGUUGACCUGUGAUGGUUUAGUUUGAUGCUGAGGAAGCAGGGCGACAGUAUCCCAAAAAUUUGGAAGGCUAAGUGGAGAAUGGCUCCAAAGCUCUUGCACUCGAACACAGCUUGCUUAUUUUGUUCGAUCAGUGUUCAAAUGUGCCGUGGCCUUUGUAUAUCAUUUACCACACAACGGGGCUGCGCUAGUUUUUAUCAUUGCAACCGAUGGACGGCUGCCCCAGGAGUGAAGGAGUCCUGUAGAGUAUAUGAUUUUGGUUGAUGCUGCUGCAAGAACAGUUGAAUUAUCUAUAUAAAAUGUGCGUGUUCUUGAUUCUUGGGCAACUGCUGUGCUAGCAACUCAUUAGUACUGUUGUGGGAAGAUAUCAUAGUUUCAUCUGAACUGUAAAUUUGGUAUAGACAAUUAAAAGUUGAUAUGAGUUUGAGCAGAGAGGUUCUGUUUCAAUAUAGGUUGUCCUAACUAAUUAGUAA